AUGAUAAACACUGUCCCAGCAGUCUGCACUGACAUAAACGGUUACCGCGUAGAGUUCACAAGACACACAGUUAACAACCUACGCAAACACUCAGAAGAUCCUGAAAUCAAGUCACUAGCGGGGGAGGUGUAUAAACACUGGAGGACCUUCAUUGAGGAACAUAUUUUCCUGAUGUUCCAGGUGGAGCAUGGACUGGUGGAGAACAUAGAGAGAGAAGUGUUUCACCAAAGCUCUCGACUUGUUAGUGGAGCAUACAGAAGGACUGUGAGGGCUCUUGUCUUUGCACUGAAAAAUAGGCCUGACUUGAGAGCGCAGGUCAAGGAUGGCAAACUACCAGUUAAUAAAUUUGUAAGCAUUCACAAAAAGAAACUGUGAAGAAUUGAAAAAUUCAAAUAUGGGACCUCAAGAAAACUUUUUUUAUUUAUUUAUUUUUUUUACUAUUUUUAACUUUCAGU